UUAUUGAGUCCCUCAACUGUGCUACAACUUUAUUCUAAUGAGUUUAAUCUUUACAGCCAUCUAUGCUAUAGAUAAUAGUAUAAUUCCCAUGAGGGCGCUAAGGCUCAGAGAAGGUGAAUCACUUGUCUUAGGUCACACAGCUAGCAUGUGAUGGAAGCAGGCGUCAAACCUGGUUUUUCUGAAUCUGAAGUCCAUCUCCUUCAUGAGCCUUUAUGGUGUCUCCUUUCUCCUUUAUUUCUAACUUCUUUCCAUUAUGAUUCCUGGUGAGUAGGGGACAGAAGCUGGUCAAGUGUGCCUGACAUCCAUCAACCGGUCCCUGGUCACCUGGUCUCAGCCCAGCUUUGCCCGUCUUGCUGUGUGAAUCUUGGUUUGCCCCUGGUCCACAGCCAUGGCCACGAUGGUGGCCCAGAAGCUCAGCCAUCUCCUGCCCACUUUGCGGCAGGCCCACCGGGAGCCGCGGCCAUCGGGGCAGCCAGAGACCCUCUUCACGGUGGACCGAGCCGAGGUGCCGCCCCUCUUCUGGAAGCCGUACAUCUACGUGGGUUACCGGCCGCUGCAUCAGACGUGGCGCUUCUACUUCCGCACGCUGUUCCAGCAGCACAAUGAGGCGGUGAACGUCUGGACCCACCUGCUGGCGGCGCUAGUGCUGCUGCUGCGGCUGGCCAUCUUUGUGGGGACCGUGGACUUCUGGGGAGACACCCACGCCCUGCCCCUCUUCAUCAUUAUCCUUGCCUCCUUCACCUACCUGUCUCUCAGCGCCUUGGCUCACCUCCUGCAGGCCAAGUCCGAGUUCUGGCACUACAGCUUCUUCUUCCUGGACUACGUGGGCGUGGCCGUGUACCAGUUCGGCAGCGCCCUGGCGCACUUCUACUACGCCAUCGAGCCUGCCUGGCAUGCCCGGGUGCAGGCCAUCUUCCUGCCCACGGCCGCCUUUCUCGCCUGGCUUUCUUGCACCGGCUCCUGCUACAACAAGUACAGCCAGAAGCCCGGCCUGCUGGGCCGCACCUGCCAGGAGGUGCCGUCGGCGCUGGCCUACGCGCUGGACAUCAGCCCCGUGGUGCACCGCAUCCUGGUGUCCCCCGACCGGACCGCAGAUGACCCCGCUCUUCUCUACCACAAGUGCCAAGUGGUCUUCUUCCUGCUGGCCGCGGCUUUCUUCUCAGCCUUCAUGCCGGAGCGCUGGUUUCCGGGCAGCUGCCACCUCUUCGGCCAAGGCCACCAGCUCUUCCAUGUGUUCUUGGUGCUGUGCACGCUGGCUCAGCUGGAGGCUGUGGCCCUGGACUAUGAGGCCCGGCGGCCCAUCUAUGAGCCUCUGCACACCCGCUGGCCCCACAAUUUCUCUGGCCUCUUCCUGCUCACUGUGGGCAGCAGUGUGCUGACCGCCUUCCUCCUGAGCCAGCUGGUACGGCGCAAACUUGACCGGAAGACCCAGUGAGGGGGAAGGAGGGGAUGGCCGCUGGUAGGGAGGGAGGUAGAGUGGGAGCCCCGGGGUCAGGGCUUGGCUCCAGAGGGGAAUAAGGCCUGGUAAAGUUGUUUGUGUCCGGCCUGCGAUGACUUUCUGUGAACGCUUCAGCUGCCAAAGGCGGUACUGGCCUGUCCUUAGAUUUGGGGAUUGGCCAGGAGCAGCUGGGGGUCCACUCCUGGGCCUACCCCAGCCCCUUGCCCUGGGAGAGGAAAAGAGAUAAAGAUGAGGGCCAACCAGGCUUGCCUCUUUCCAUUGCCUCUCACUAGGGGUGAGGAUCGGGGGUCAGCUGGGGCCAGGACCCCGGUUGGGAGCUUCCAGAUUAUCUAUGGGGGGUGAAGAUAGAAUUUAGGCCAGAGACAGAUUUCAUUGGUGGAUAGGGAAGGGACAGGCCCCGAAUAUAUGUAGGAUCUUAUCAUUCCUUGAGCUCCGGCCUGGAGCUUUGGAGUUCUACGGAGUCUCCAAAGGUAGAAGAUUGUGGCAGGUAGAAAUGGAUCCCACCCAGGGCCCAUACCUCCUCGGUCACCCUCCCAUACAGUGAGCCCCAGUCUUUCUUAGCUCUGUGACCCACACAUCCUGUUCCCAGCCUUUCUCCUGGUUUCCUUGUUCAUGAUUCAGUUAUCCAUUCAGUGUUUUCUGGCUACCGGCUGGGUCCUGUGGAUCCAUGCAGGAUGAUGAGAGCUUUAAUAUGGGAGUGACCUGUCAGGGGAAGCACGGGGAGGAAUAAUUGGUGCCCGCUGCCCUCAAGGUCUUAGGUUGGGAGGGGUGAAUAGGAGUUUGCAGAUGAAGGAGGGCAUUCCAGGCAGGGGGUAAACCCUCUACAGAGGCCAAAGAGGUACUGAAGGGAGUUCAGUGGGGCUGGAGGUAGGGGCGAUCUGGACUCUGAUAUGUCCUGGAUUCAAUAAAGUGACUAAUAACAGCAGCCUCUUUGCUUUUUGCCUCCUGUCUUGGGAACGGGGCCCUGGGGCCCCCAUGGACCUGCUCAGCAUGUUGAAGAGGUUUUUCAGGGAGUGGCUGGGGCCCCCAGGGGUGGGAACAGGGAAGAGGAA